UCUCAUCUGUUUUUUUACUUUCAUACUCACUCUCUUAUUUCCAUUGACCAUACUAUGAGCAGAGACGAAGAAUACGAUUAUCUUUUCAAGGUUGUUUUAAUUGGUGACUCUGGCGUUGGUAAAACCAACCUUUUGGGUCGUUUCACUCGUAACGAAUUCAAUUUGGAAUCAAAAAGUACUAUUGGUGUUGAAUUUGCUACUCGUAGUAUUGAAGUGGACUCCAAGACUGUGAAAGCUCAAAUUUGGGAUACUGCUGGUCAAGAACGAUACCGUGCCAUUACUAGUGCCUAUUAUCGUGGUGCUGUGGGAGCUUUAUUGGUGUAUGAUAUUUCCAAACAAUCAACAUAUGAAAGUGUGGGUCGAUGGCUCAAGGAACUCCGUGAUCAUGCCGAUUCCAAUAUUGUGAUCAUGUUGGUGGGUAACAAGAGUGAUUUACGACAUUUACGUGCUGUACCUACUGAUGAAGCUAAACAAUUUGCUGCUGAAAAUGGACUAUCAUUUAUUGAAACUUCUGCUUUGGAUGCUACCAAUGUUGAUCUUUCCUUCCAACGUAUUUUGACGGAAAUUUAUCGAAUUGUUUCCAACAAGGCACUUGAAUCUUCUAAUAAUGCUAUCAAACCUACUGGUGGUCAAACUAUUUUGGUAUCUCAAACUCCUGAUGAACAAAAACAAGGUGGUGGUUGUUGUUAAAGAAAUGGAUAUAAUUUGUUUGAAUAAAGUUUGGUAGGAUAUCCCACAUUUUUUUUUUUUUUAUCAUAUGUUUAUUUUGUUGCCUGGAUUUUGAUCAACAGCGUGCAAUUGAUUUGUCCAAAAAAAAAUGGAUCACGGCGGUUCUU